UGAUGCUAUUAAAAUAUAUCAGGCUAUCUAAUAACACGUUAAAAUCUAUUAGUAUUUAUACAUGGCAAACUGGUUAGAAUAUUUCGGACAGCUGUAUUGUAUUUUGUACCUACGUCUUUUGAUGAAACCCAACAAAUACCAUAUAUCAGAACAUAAUAUCAGCUAUUCAAAAAAAAACAACACUAUUCUAUUAAUAACAUAGAAAUCUAUAAAUAACAUAGAAAUUUCUUUGGAAUUUCCAUCGGAUAUGCUAUAUGGAAAAUACCAGGCAUUUUCAAUCAAAAUGGUAUAAAAAGAUAAUGCUUUCCUAUUUAUUAACAGUGUUAAACGAAUGCCAGAUAAGGAAAAUAUUUUAAAGAAGAUAAACACAUACUUUUUCAAUCCAAUUUUGCCGUGCCAUCAUGGAUGCAAAUGUACAUGCUGAAAUGUUAAGAUCGAGACAUUUUCAAUGUACAGACUGUCUGCGCUCAUUUACCGCUGAGUUUUGUCUCAAAGAUCAUCAAAAACACACCGAACAUCGAGGAAUAAACAUUGCCGAGAGGUGCGAUAAUAAAUCCAUUGAGGCGACAUACGAAUCGUCAAAUGAUUUGACAACUGCAGCGUCUAAGCCGGAUAUGUACGGUUUGGAAGAAAGAGAUUUAGACAUUUACAUAGCUGAACACAUUCAAGCUGAUACGUUGUUUUUAGGGUGUUGUGGUGAAGUUAUUAACAAUCUUGUCAAAGAUUUGCAGGAUAAGGAAAAAUCGCCAAAACAUUUACGACCAAGGAGAAUUGUUAAGUCUGGCUCACUCGGGAAAGGUACGGCAGUAAAAGGAAUCUCUGAUAUAGAUUUGGUCUUGAUGCUUGUCAACUAUAAGAAUGUUGAGGACCUGAUGAAAGUCAUGCCAAGUUUACUGAAGGAUCUAAAGAAUUAUCUGAUCAACAACGCUAAAUCAAGACACCAAAGAACCACCCGAUAUUCUGUACAAGUAGAGCUCGAAUGUCGUACUGGUCACAAACAUUAUGUCGACAUACUUCCAGCUGUCGACCUGCUUGGACUAGGUAAUUAAUGUAUUAGCAACGUCUGUAUUUUGCUGAUAUGUUAAAUUCUUUGUUACAACUUUACGUUGAUAAAAUGAAUACAUAUAACACAUUGUGUAUAUUACUAAAAGUAGUUA